CUGCCGAGCGGCGAGCUUGGCAGCCACAGAGGAGGGUCGACCGUUGUUGCAGCGGCUUGGCAGCCAGAUUGCAAACCGCAGAGGUGAAGAAGAAUUAGAAAAGAGGAAGAUGUGGGGAGGAAGACGUGGGAGGGAGAUGGCUGGGGUCUGAUCUUCGGCAUUGAAAGGAGGCGUCAGAUCUGUCCACACUUAAAGAGCUACAAUGGACACGAGCAUUCCGAGAAAGGGCCUGGCAAUGCAGCCAGGAGGAUCGAGCUCGUCGAAAAUGAGCACCUCUUCGUCAUCUCUGGUGCCAUGGACAGCCACCGAGAAGCUACUACAGGCGGAGGUGGUAAAGGCGUUCUUACCGAUGGAAGAUCCGACAGUCUCUGAGAAGAUUUCGAAGAAGAUCACGAAGCAGCUGAAAAACCUCUACCCGGGAGAUCAGCUGUACAUUUUUGAGACGUUGCCGAUCAGCUCGGGCCUCGUGUGGGCCAGGGGCUACAGCGUGGUGCAGCCGUUGCCUGCAGACUUCAUCUCUGCCUCGAUUGAUGUGAAGCGGUUGCCUGAGCAGACAAUCUCGAUCUCGAUCUUCCCUAUGGACUGCGUGAAGGUGCUCCACCAGCUGGACAUCGAUAACUCGAAGAACCUCGCCGACCUCGACGCCAACUUCGACAGUUCCAUCUUCAACAACACCUUCUACGACGAGUAUGACGACUUCUCCUCGCUCGUCGACUCGGACUACUCGCUUGGUGCCUCAAAGGUCAAGAAGCAGGCCAAACCACAAUUGCCCCUCACAAGCGCAACUCGGUCCGAGGACUUAGCCGACGAGAUCAAGCUCACUCUCAAAACCGUCUCGUCCACUCUAUUUGCGGUCUACUCAAAAAACAACUUUGACUAUUAUGAGAAGUUGUGCAAGAUCUACAAUCAGCUGGAUGACAUCAGAAUCAGUUUGCAUUACAACCUCCUCACCAAGCAUGAGGAGGCCAUGGCAAAGAAAAACGUCAUUCUUUUGAUGGGCAAGUUUGCCAAGCUCUUGGCGUCCGGUGGUGGGUUGAUCAACCGCUCGCUCCAUUCCAAAUCAGACAUCGAUGGUAAGGAAUCGAUCUUGGCCCGUGACUACAACACUGCCGAGUUGUGCCAGUUCAACUCCACUGAGGGUGACAUUGUCAACCCCGCCAGUAUCGCCCAAAGCCAAGUGUUCUGUGCCCUAUCACCGAACUACAUUGCCUCCUCAAACGUGUCCUUUGUUCCACCAAAGAACAGCAAAUUCCAAGAAUCCAUCCCGUCUAACAUCAUGGUCGACUUCAAGGAAGUUAUCGGAACCUCUACGGUUUUCCCCAAGGGGUACGAAGGUAUGAAAGCAUACAUGUAUCUACGUAACGUCAAGAAACGGUUGACCGAAGCCUUUUGCAUUAACAUUGGAGCCGACCAGAAUCUCCAGUUGGACAACUUGGCUGCUGCCUUGUUCACAAACAUCCCCGCAGUUGAAAUCGAAGCGAAUCAUGUGUACUUGGUCGCCCUUUUGACCGAGACUAUCCGGGUAUCCGAUGGGAACUCGGUGUUGCCCGUCAUCCGUAAGGGCAUCUGUGCCGGUGUCGCAGAUAUUACUCGUAUUUUCUCCCAAAGAAAAGGACACUUAGUUUCUGGCCAAUCACAUAGAUUUACCAUCAAAUUAUUCUCUUCUUUCAUGGAUGGCCAAAACCAGGAGGUCAAGUUAUUUACAGGAAUGAACCAGAUGAUGGCCAAAUCCUUAACCAUGGUUAAUCACGGCUGGGGUGAUUUGGUCGAUAGAAUCAUCAGUGGAUCUAGUAGAGGUGUUGCCGUCAAUCCGAGAGCGGAAAAACUUAUUCUAAGUAUUAAAGAAUUGAAACUGAAUAGUGACAGUAAGAGAAUUUUAAGUGAUAUUUCAGGUACAAACGAUGAAUUGAACACUGUUGCCUGGGCAGGUAUUCCUACCUUGAAUUUCAACCCAUUAGAAAAAGACACAAGCAGGGUGUACCUCAAGUUGAACAGAAUUGUCAACAAAAGUUUGAAGUUAAAUGACACUAGCUUCUUGACUGUUCACGUCAGAUCAUCCAGCAAGUCAUUGAUGUUUGGUAAGGGUACAAAUGAAGAACUUUUGCCUUUUUGGAACUUCCUUUCUGUUUCACCAGAGGAGUCCAUCCAGGAGUUGAUUGUUAUAAGAGGGUUGAGUGACCGCCCAGAUAAUGGAAAGGAUUAUUUAAUCUUUGAUCUCUUUGUUGAGUCAAACUAUGUCGGUACCACCAAAUACUUACUCAGAUUUGGUAAUGAGGUUCACUGCAACGGUGUCAAUUCCAGAACCCCAGUCAGUAUAGAAUUUUUUUCACAAGAUUCCACUCCUUGUGCUACAGUCGAAAUUGAUUUGGAAGUUGUUGGUAAGGCCUAUAAUAGAGAUUUGACCGGUAACAUGAUCUUGAAUUGGAAACAAAAUUUCAGCCAAGAUCUUGUUGCCAACGAGUCUGCAUUCAUUGAAAUGUUGAGUAAAUUGAAAAGAAUUAACUUGGGCACUUUGGCUAGGUUUUUUUCCAGCUUUUGUUUUGAGUUGAUAUCUGCCACUGAGGCAGCUAUUCAAAGCAAUUUGCCAAAAUUAGAGCAAGCAUUAUUUGAUGCAAUUGUUCACUUGUUGGAUGUUACUAUUGCAAGAAAUCAAGAGUAUGUAUCACUCUUCGAUAAAAUGAUCUUGGAGUAUUCUAAAUUUUUUCCAAGAAUUGGUGAGCGUUUACUUGCUUCCAUGACAAGUGUCUUCAGUACUUUCAACAAGGACUGGAACGCAAAUGGUAGAGCUUUGUGCAGAACUUCAUUCUUAGUUGCUAGAAUAUGUUCUCAAUGCAUAAAUGACGUCAACGAAUUCAAGAGUCAGGUCUAUGUGUUCAAUAAUGCUAUUACCAAUUUUUUGGGCACUAACGUAGACAGUAUCUUAGCAGAUCAAUUAUUGGUUAUUGACACUUUGGAAUUAUACCUUGAUGUUUUUAAGCAAAUGUUCAGCACUACGGAAUUGAUAGAAUUUGCUGUCGAAUGGAUGACGACCAACAAGUUGAAAGGUUUGGGAUCUCUUGAAGACACAACUUUAACUGCAUUAGCAAAUAAGAAAAGAACUAGGGAACAUAAGUUUCUUAUUAGUAAGUUAUUUUUCAUCAAUAGGUUGCUAAACAAUCCAUUUUAUUUUCAAGGGAACUAUGAAGAUAUCACCAAAUUGUUGACCAACUCUUUGGACGUGGUCCUCAGCAUUUUCGCCAAUGAUAUGAUGGAUUUAGAUUGUUCGAGAUUAGCACUUGGUAUUUAUUUGUCUGUCUGCAGUGUAUGUUUCGGAAAGGAGAAGAUUUUUGUCGAUCCAUCAAAGAGCAUUUACAUCGCUCUAAUAAAGCUUUUGCCCCUUUUAGCUCAAGAAUUCAAUAAGUACUACGCUUACUGUUCAACAAAUGGACACUUCAAGAAGAAGAGAACAUUCACUCAGUUGUUCCCAAACCAUUUUCCAUUUGAGGAAAAUACAAUGGAUUCGAUUGUCACCGACGUUGUUUUUGUCGAAGUAUUGGUAGAAUUUUCAAUCAUCGUAACUUAUACGUCCAAAAUUUUUGAAGUUUACAGUACUGAUUUUUACCAAAUGGCCGAAAAUACUCAUCUUGGUGCAUAUAGCGAUCUUAUUUCGAAAUUUGAGAUACCUUCACUGAGCUCUGUUAAUUCUGUUACCUCAAUGCUACAAAUGACAAGAGCUAUGAUAGAAGCGCCUUUCUACCCUCAUGAGUCUUGGUUGUCUUUACAUUCAAUUGCCUUGCAAGGCUCAUUUUUGUUGUUGCGUCUGGUCGAACCGUACAUGCCAAAGCCUAGCUCCAACGUAGUGCCAAUGUGGAGUAAAUAUAUCACUCUUCUGUGCAAAACUGCAACUGCCAAACCUGUUUCCAUUGAACACUUGGAGUCCACUCCAAGAAAAGGAUGCUUUGGAUUGACUACUGAUUUGAGGACUAAAAUCUCCGGUAUUGUUACUAACUCGUGGGAAUUGCUAGGAGCUGAAGUUUCCCCUGAAGAUGAAACUCGAUUCCAGUUACUGAAUUUUGGAGGCUUCCAAAAUCCUGUUAUUGCGAUGAACAACUACACUUUGUUAAAGUAUAUUUUGUUGCUAUCAAUGCAGAGGAAUGAGGCAUGCUUGAAUACAGGUGUGAAAAUUGUUUGGUCAGUUAUAGCCGCCGAGCUAGUUGCAAAAGACAAUUUAUUUGAUCUUGAAAAAGAAUCAGUGACUUCUCUUUAUGACUUAUUUGCAAAUGAUACUGUUUACUCUCCACAGUCGACUGAAAUUCAGAGCCUUGUUUCAUCCUUCAAGAAUAUGACAACAAAAAUGGAUACUGAAGAUGAAGCAUAUUUGGAAGUUACGAAAUUGGUGAAAACCUUAUCACGUUACUUAGCUUCGUUGUCUGAACUGAAGCAAGUUCCUACCGGUGAAGAGUUCGAUGAUGAUCGUACUUUCCAUAGGUUGAAUAUUUCAAGCUACUUGAUGAAUGUGGAUAGACCUGAAUUAUUUCAAAGCUUCAUUUGUGACAUGUAUGAAGCAUAUCUAGGUAAAAAAAAUUAUGUCCAAGCGGCUUUGAGUUUAGAAUUGCUGGCUAACACAUGGGAAUGGGAUAUUGACACUUAUCUUCCAGGAUGUGUCAAGCCUAAGCUGCUAAGUCAAACAGCAUUCAAGAGAAAGGUCGAUUUGUUCAAGAUCAUUGCUAACAAUUUCAUAAAGGGUAACAAAUUGGAGCAGGCAGUUGAUAUAUACACAGAAAUGUUAGAAGCCUACUUGAAAUUCAAUUUUGACCUACUAGGCUUAUCUGUUUGCCAUUCUGAGCUGGGUAAACUUUAUGCUGAACUAGAAAAUGUCGAUAGACUUGAAUCUACUUUCUUCAAGAUUGCCUUCAUUGGUUUAGGAUUUCCGGAGUCCAUUCGUGGUAAAGAAUUUGUUUAUGAAGGUCUGCCAUAUGAACAUAUCACUAGUGUGCAUAGCAGAUUGAACAGACUCUAUCCAGGGUCCCGAAUUAUCAGUAACGAAGAGGAAGCUCAUAAAUUACUUAACGAAUCGACAAUUGGCAGAUUCUUAUUCAUCAAAACGGUUACUCCUAAAAAGGAAAGUCAUGCUGGUAAAUUGUCGUUCAUGGCAAAGCAAUACGUCGAUAACAAAAACUUGAAUACUUUCAUUAACACAAGAAGAUUACCUGGUGCAACUAGCAUUACCAACUUGUGGACUGAGGAGAUCACCUAUAAAACUUUCAUGACAUUCCCAACUUUGAUGAAUAGGUCGGAGAUUAAAAACACUACCGUGAUUAAGAUUCCUCCUAUUAAAAAUGCAAUUAGAUCUUUGAUGGGCAAAAAUGACGAGUUAUCCAACUUUGAAUUUUUGAUCAACCAAAACUUGAAGAACAACAUCAGCUUGCCAUCUAUUGCAUCAAGUACAGUGUUUAACAGUGUGAGCAGAGUUUUGGCUGGUACCGUAGAUUCCCCUGUCAAUGGUGGAGCAGGACAAUUCAAGGUCUUCUUCACCAAGGACCCGUCAAUUGAUGUGGGAGAAACUGAAGAAGAGUACGUGGAGGAUUCCAAGAAAUUGAAAGAGUGCUACAACGAUAUGUGUAAGCUAUUGAACAAGUUGUUGAAGCUUCACGGCUUGAUUAUACCUGAUACAUUGAGAUUGCAGCAUGAGUCAUUGGUCGAGCUAUUUUCAAAAAAUUUCAAGGACGAAAUCAGCGAAAUGAAGCUGGACGUCACCACUGGAUUAAACUACCAAGAAUUGAUGAAAUCUUUGAUUAGCAGAAACGUCCACUCAAAGAGCAGGAAUGCGCAAAACAGUCUUGCCAGUAGCAGCAACAACAGUUUCAACCAGUUCUCCCAGAUUCCUUUGACCACCACCCUUUCACACACGACGUCCUCCAGACACAGGCCUGUUUCUUCGGCUGGCAGUCAACACGGAAGCCACCAUGGUGGCCGCCACAGCUCUCACCAUUCUCAACACCGUUACGCUGGUAUGCUGGUCAGUGGGUCGAGACACUCCAUGAGAGAUGACAUCUCGAACAUAGGUUCAGCCGGAGCUGAGUACUCAAGCCACGCUGCCGAUGAGACCACCGCAACGCGUCAAAGCUCUAUGAGCUCGCUGGGCAUGAAGUCGGCCAAGAAGAACAUUCUCAAUUAUAAAUAGAAGAAGCUGCAAUUCCUGUAGCAUUAGACUUAGACG